AUGGUGGCUGGGGUGUGGUCGGUCACCGCUAUAGCACUGUUCUUCCUUCUAUCAAGGAUUGCCUUCAAGUGGAGAAGUGGCAAACGAAUUGGUGCCGAUGACUGGAUUCUAGCAACCUCCUGGUGUCUCCUUGCGAUAUACGCAAGCCUCAUUCACGUAGCGACGAGCUACGGGCUUGGCUACCACCUCGCAGACAUCGCGGAAACCAACCUCCCAUAUGCCCUAAAGUACCUCACGAUCGGCGAAUUCUUCGUAAUCAUCGCGCUGCAGGUCAGCAAGACUUCUUUCGCCGUUACACUCCUCCGUCUAGUUGCGCGCACAUGGCAAACCUGGGCACUUUGGGCAAUCAUUGUGUCCCUAAAUGUCGUCAUGGGGUUGGAUGCCAUCUUUGUCUUCGUUUCUUGCAACCCGACCGCAAAGAUCUGGAGAUCUGAACUCCCUGGACACUGCUGGAAUCCUCGCGAUGGCAUCAACGUUUCGAUUUUCGCAGGUGUAUACUCUGGAGUGAUGGACUUGGUGCUAGCAGCAUUUCCGGUGGUCCUUCUACAGCCUUUGAAGAUUGACAAGAAGGAGAAGAUCGGAGUCAGCAUCGCAAUGAGUCUGGGUGUCUUUGCCGGAAUUGCGGCUUUCAUCAAGUCAGCCUACUUGCCACAACUUGGGAGAUGGAAAGAUGUGACCUACUCUUCCUACAUCAUCCUUAUAUGGGCCGCAGCCGAAGCCGCUAUCACCAUCGUUGCAACUUCGAUCCCCUAUCUACGACUCGCCGUCAUACAGUCAAAGCGUCAGUCCAGAGGGUACCGUGUCCAUGACGAAGAACUUCACAUGGAUCGCGUCACACCGAAACUGAAGUCAGAUAUUACCGUGUCGACACUGACGGACAAAAAGAGGAUCGCUAUCCCCGACUCUGUGAAAAGGAAUGCUAACAUGAAGAGUGUCCGGCUCGGACAAACAAAAGAGCAAGAGCGAGAUACGUGGGACAAAUACACGGAUCAGCUAAGCCGUGGAUCGCUGAGCUAA